AUGGAGAAUUUAAUUGUCAAUGCAGAGAAAGAUGGCAAAGAAAAAGAAGAUCACAGUGAGGAUCAUGGUCUGUCUAAAAGAUUAGUAAGAAAGGUAGAGCCAAAGAAUGUCCUGAUAUUAAAUGGAAGGAAGUCUCAAAGUGGUGAACUUUGCAAACAGGAACUGUUUCUUAAAGGUAUUCGUGGCAUAGACAAUAGGUUUCCCAAGCGUAUAAUGAGUUUCGAUGAAAAAUACCUUCGUCGUUGCCUGGAAAUGAUACAUAUCAGUGCGUUGAGAGCUGCCUCAUUCAAUAUCUACCCUGAGAUGAGUGUUUGUUCAAAAGAAAUUACUAGUAGAGAUAGGUGUGAUUUGGUUAGUUUGGGUAUUGGAUGCUCUUUGUCAGCUGAGACUGACAAUGUUGCCAUAAGCUCUACAGGAGAUUGGAUUCUAGGUACAAUCACUGGGAGCAAGAGUAUGCUAAAUAUUCUUAAGAGCCCUCUAUUUCACCAAAUUGGUGCCUCAGAUUGUGAUGUCAAGUUUGGAGGAACAAGUUUUAUCGAUGACAAAGAACUACUGCAUUCUGAUUUUAUGAGCUCUUCUUAUGGGUUAAGUAUCAGUUCCUCGCAAAAGCUGCAAAAGGAAAUGGCGGUGCUUGGAGACCAUAGAUAUGGAUCUGAGCCUGUACACAAAAGGCUUGUUUCUGUGUCAAGCACAAUCUCAUCCUGCUCAAAUCAGUCUUAUUCUGCAUCUGCUACUGUUUCUCUGGGAAUGCUCCAGUGUACAUGGAAGGAUGGGCUUCCAAAUUAUAUAUUCUCUUUAGAUGAUCACAGGGAGGUUUAUGUAGCCGAAAUGUGUAAGGUUGAAUCAUCCGAUGAUAAGGUUUUGGAUUAUAUGUACAAUUUUCAUUCAAGAGCAGGUAGCAAAAAGAAAUGUGCGAUACAUGAGGAUGAAUCAGAUCUUGUUGCUAAAAUGAGAGUAUCAACCUCUAUUACACUCUGUCCAAACAACUCACAAGUGAUGGAGACUCAGUUUGUUCUGUUUGGUUCCGAUAAUUACAGCGCGGGAGAGAUUCAAACUUCAAGCCAUACCCAUAUGAAGAACAAAGGGUUGUCGAAGAAGAUGGUGGAUGUAUUUAGGAAAAAUCAAUCUUAUAAACAGAGAACUCCCUCCAAAUUUUGGGGAACAAGUGCCAUACUUGAAAAUUCUACUUGGGAGUUGUGCCAAGAUUCACGCAACAAGUGUGAUCCAGUUAGGGCCAAUCUUUCAGAUAAACAUCUUCCUCCAAAUUGUGAGUUGGCUGCCAUAAUUGUUAAGGACCACAUCCAUGACAAUCGUAAGGAUGCAGAACUUGGAGGAUGGGGCUUAAAGUUUCUCAAGAAAGCCGGGAUCAAGCAAACCAAUGCAUCUCUAGAUACCUCAGAACCUUCUGAAUGUUGUCGACGAGACAGUGGCGAUUGCUCGACAAGUAUGGAUAUUAUAGUUCCAGCAGGUUUCCAUGGUGGGCCAAGAACCAGAUAUGGUGGCCCUUCAAGCCUCAUUGAGAGAUGGAACUCUGGUGGGCACUGUGACUGCGGGGGCUGGGACAUAGGUUGCCCACUGACGGUACUCAACACUAGGCCAAGCAGAAUGGGAGUUUCACCUCAAACAGAGAUUCCUGGAGAGUGCAGGACAGUUGAUCUCUGCAUACAGGGUUCAAAGCAAAAUACACCUAUCAUGAAAAUGGCAAAUAUCCAUGAUGGUUUGCAUUACGUUCAUUUCCAGUCAACUCUAUCGGCUUUACAAUCUUUCUCGAUUGCAGUGGCAGUCAUACAUACAUGUAGUCCCACCCUCCGACCCAAAGUAUAUAGGAGUUGAAGUUGCAAAUCUAAGGAUAAGGUUUGUGUAUCUGUGAUUUACUGUACUACAGUUAUGGGAACUUCCAGUUUAGUUAUUUACAGAUGAAUUAAGAUGCUAGUAUUCCUUUAUUAUUGCUGGAGUGUUCCAUUAUUUUGUAAUUUGUUGCCCCGAUUGUUACUAAGUACUUAUUUGUUGUCUCAAGGCUGGAAAGUUAUUGUAUCCAAUUCUUUUGACUGAAUUGCACAAGUUUCCAUUAGAGUGAAUUAGAUGCCAAAUUUUGUUAUCCACAAC